UUUCGAAAAAAAAUUCAAAGGGCUGUAACUUUUGAACUAGUAGCCCAAUCUUGGAACUGUUUGAAAUUAUGGAUUCUACAGGCCACGCGCUCGUCGAGGUUGUUGCGUUCAGAAAAAAAGUUCCAUUUCGGUUUUUCUAACGGGCAAAAUUCUAAAUGAAGUUUUAGAUAAGGAUUAUAUCUAACAUUGGCACGUGAUCACAAGACAGGGAUUGCAUUCGCCGAGGACGCGCCACAUACAUGGUUUCCGUUCACCCCCAACGAGACCUGGAGAAGAAAAUGGACCAGGAAGUGUUUAUAAUACAUUUCUAACCAUUUUUGUGUCGGUGUAUCCUGAUAUAAUCACUGUUUACAUUGGGUUUACGUUGAACUUUGACUAAAUGCGAUUAGCCAUUCUUUUUAUCGCGGGUCACUCAAUAAUUUGCCGGAAGUAAAAUGUGAGUUCAUUGUUUGAUAAUGAAUAGAGCUGAAUGCUUUAUAAAUCACAACCACCCCGCAGAAAGGGAGGCGAAAAGCGCUGUGAGAAAAUUGCUGCCCUUCGUUCAAUGGAAAAAGGAUUGCAAAGUGCUGGAUGUGGGAUGUGGAACAGGCAACGUAACGCACGAUGUUCUUCAACCAGAGUUACCAGUAGCAACAAGGGAAGUUAUCGGGAUCGAUAGGGACAGAACCGUGGUGGAGUAUGCCAAUCUUAACUAUGGAGGGAGAAAGUUACGCUUUGAACAAGUUGAUAUUGUCCACGACAGGAAGUUCGUAGAUGCUCACCUCAACUACUUUGACCACAUCUUUUCCUUCUCGUGUCUGCACUUUGUGCGUGAACAAGGGACAGCACUAAAACAUAUUCGUGAAAUGCUGAGACCCGGAGGUGACUUCAGCUUUUCCUGCGUCACCUCCAACAAUUUCUUCAAGGUCGUGGCUCAUAUGGCCCAAUCGGAAACGUGGCGCCCUCACAUCGCCCACUACGAAAACUUCAUCUCGCCCUAUCAGUUCUCGCAAAACCCGAUGGGCGAACUGGUAGAUUUUCUGAUUAGAGCCGGAUUUCGGGUCACGAGUCUGGCAAUUGAGCCAAGGGAAGCGGAACUGCCACUCUCGUACUGUCCAGCGCACUUCAUCUCGCACAUUCCAAUCGAAAUUCCGGCAGAUCUCCAUCGCGAAUUCGGACUCGCAGUAUUGGAGACAAUCAGAGAGCUUAAUUUGAGUCGUUUAGCCCAAGACAACGUGGAGUACUUCAAUGCUUAUUUCGAUGGCAUUUUUGGUCAUGUGAUACGGCCAAAUUAAAUACUCACUUUUGGACUGUGACAAAUUU